AUGGAUAAAGACAUGAUACAUAGCUUAACUUCCAUAUUUAAUGGAAUUGAGGAGAGUGAUGACAAUGAUAUCAUGGGACUUCCAACUCCCUCAAUGGACGAAGAAUAUUUAACACAAUAUAAUCAAUGUGUGUUAGAUCAACAUUUCAAGAUAUAUUAUGAAGAUGAAAAUGAAAAUAUAAUCAAAGUUGGUGGUAGAUUGAGUGACAAAAAUUUCGAACAAGAACUCUACACUCCUAAGCUUUCUGAUUAUUUGCCUAAGCAAAAUAAAAUCGAAGAGCAAUAUGUUGAUAUUGAAGCGAAAUUAGAGUCUACAAAACGAAAAAUCCACAACAAUUACCAAAAAAUGGAGCAAAAGAAACAUACAACGAUAAAACUUUCUGAAGAAAAAGAUUUUUCUAAAAAAAUCAAGGCACUAGAAAACAACAAGGCCGAUGAUCACUUGUGUGACAAAAAGUCCCAAACAGUAGAAUCAAACACCCAAAAGAUUCUUGACCAUCUCCCUAAGAACAAACUCGAAAAGCAAAGUGUUGACUUUGAAGCAAAACUUGAGUCUACAAAACGAAAACUCCACAACAGUUACCAAAAAAUAGAGCAAAAGAAGCAUAAAUCGAUAAAACUUUCUGAGGUAAAUGAUUUUUCCAAAAAAAUCAAGGUACCAGAAAGUAACAAGGCUCGUGAGCACUUGUGUGACAAAAGGUCCCAAGCAAUAGAACCAAACACCCAAAAGUUUCUUGAUCAUCUCCCUAAGAACAAACCCGAAAAGCAACAAAGUAUUAAUCUUGAAGCGAAACUAGAGUCUACAAAACAAAAACUCCACGACAGUUAUCAAAAAAUUGAAAAAAAGAAACACCAAUCGAUCUUACUUUCUGAGGUGAAAGAUUACUCCAAAAAGAUUGAGGUACCAAAGAUUAUCAGAAGUUCCUUGCAAGUAAAACAAAAGACUCUCAAACUUCCUAAUUACGUGCCUAAGCAAGAUAAAUCCGAAAAGCAAAGUGUUGAGGAUGAGACAAAACUAGAGUCCACAAAAAGGAAACAAAUGGAGCAAAAGAAGCAUGUAAUAUGCAUGAAACAACAAAAUAUUGACCUUGAAACAAAAUUAGAGUCUACAAAACAGAAACUCCACAACAGUUACCAAAAAAUAGAGCAAAAGAAGCAUAAGAUAAUUCAACUUCUUGAGGUAAAAGAUUUGCCCAGGACAACAGAGACUAAGAGGCGAUGCUCGUGGCAUAGACGUUAA